UUAGGAACUGAGACACUGCUCCUCUAUCCAUCUCCAGGUGUGGGCAGGAUGACAUGCCGUCCCUGUCAUCUGGACACAUCCCCGGGAUCAAUCCUUCGCCGGUGAUUGGCCGCCGGAACUGUAGCUCAGGAGAGGCACACAGGCGGCCAAUCACCGGCGAGGAGGUGGAGCUUGGAGAGGAGGAGCCGAGCGGCACCGCGAAGAUCGAGUGAGUGAAGAGGAGGAGAGCGGCCGGAGAAGGAAGACAUCUGACCGAGGGAGCGAGCCCAGGCUGGAGCAGGGGUCAGCAAGGUAAGUAUCAU